GAUGUCUCAUCGUAUACCAGUAUCCCCACCGAACUGGAUCCUUCGCCUUUCGAUGCAACCUACCUACCUCCACUUGAUAACAUGUGCCGCUUGCAUCUGGCCCAAUAACAUAUAAAACAUAUAAAACAUGACAGAAACUCCAUAUUUGUAUCCAUAAACGAAGGAUUGGCUGCAUUUGCGACUUGGAUGGUGUCAGCAUGGAAGGGUUUGAUUUAUUGGGUUGCGAACGCGCGAUGCCGGCACAGAAGGUAGCCAACUUUGUGCCUGAACUUCGAAUCCCGAGACCUGACACUAUACCCAUCAUCCAGUGCAUAUCUUUUUGCCAACCGUUUGUCGUUUCUCGGUCUUGAAUGAUGGCGCCUGAAACAUUAUCUCUGGCCGGAAAAGUAGCCAUUAUCACAGGCUCUGGUCGUGAAAGUGGAAUCGGCGCCGGUAUCGCAACGGCACUUGAUAGAAACGGAGCCUCUGUGGUGCUCAACUACGCGAGCGACCCGACGGCCCCCAGGGCUGCCAGUCUUGCCAAAAGAUUGCAGACGGAUUGUGGUACCAAGGCAGUGGCUAUCCAGGCAGAUAUCGAGACACAAGAAGGAGCCGAUCGAUUAGUGAAGAGGAGUUUGAAAGAACUCGGCACCGACCAUAUUGAUAUUCUCGUCAACAAUGCCGGAUGCAACUUGCCUGGCACGACUUUGGAGACCCCUCAGGAGAAUAUCCAAAAGCAGUUCUCAGUCAACGUCUUCGGGGCCAUCAACGUAAUCCGCGCAGUCGUACCUCACAUGCCGUCCGGCGGGCGCAUAAUCAACGUCAGCAGCAUCACUUCCAAACUCAGCAUGCACAGCCUUCCGUUUUAUACUGCGGCUAAGGCUGCGUUGGACUCGCUCACAUUUACCUGGGCAGCAGAGUUCGGCCGAACGCAUGGAAUCACGGUGAACACAGUUUCGCCCGGGCCCGUCGAAACAGACGAGUGCAAGAAGUUUGCCAGAGAUAAUCCCGAGGGGUUCAAGGCGGUUCAGGGUCUUAUCGAUAUGACGCGGGCGGCGGAUCGCAUGGGGAAUAUUGAGGACAUUGCCGAUGCGGUGCUGCUGCUCGUGUCGGAGAAAAGUCGGUGGAUCACAGGCCAGUAUAUUUCGGUCAGCGGCGGCAUUACGGGGAACUGAGCGGCUAACGCAACGUUGCGAUGGAAUCAAUGAACGGUACCAGACACAACUGAAGCCCCCAAGUAGGUGUGACUGAUGCAGUGGUUAUGAGGACCUGUAGUAUGCUCCUGCAUUUGUUGUGUGGUGUUGUGUAUAUAAAAGCCCGAAGUGUGACUUGAUGUUGCCUUGCCUGAACAUCGUGAGAUGCCGCGGGGAAGAGGCCGUGGUGUCAGCUUUGGAAUGUGAAUCGGGAAUGGUCUUUUUGCAUAGAUAUUGUUAGAUUCGCUUAGACGAGCAGGAUUGGGGAAAUGACGUUAGCUGGCCAGGGUCAAACCAAGCUU